AUUCCUGCUUCCAGAACCGGAGCCACAGAAUGAGUCCGGAGAGAGAGAGAGGAUCUGUUUACUCUCUAGUGCUCUAGGCUUCCCUUUCUCUGGCUGACCUCCAUUCAGCUGCAGCUGCUGCUGUCAAUCACCUGAAACCCGAUGUUGGACAGAGACAUGCACAGAGACCAAUGAGGGAAAGUUGAAGACACUUGUGUGAAUUUGCACUUAUAAGGACCUUCGGCUGUCAGAUCCAAAUGGAGCAGGAUGAAAACAAUGAGGGUGUCGCUCCAGAUGCUGAACUGGCAGCAGCGAUUAUGAAACGACACUUUCGUCCGUCAUUGAUCCGAACGGAAGCGUGGGAAGGCUAUGGGUUUGCAGACAUUGAGAUUAAGAUCAAAGAGUCGAUGGACUGCUAUGGGGCCGUUCUGUGGCCCUCGGCCAUGGUCUUGUGUCAUUUCCUCGACACUCACCGUGAGGAAUACAACCUCAUGGACAAGAACAUCAUCGAGCUGGGAGCCGGAACGGGCCUUGUUACCAUAGUGACCAGCCUCCUCGGAGCGAAGGUAACGUCCACAGACCUGCCGGAUAUCCUGGGUAACCUGAGGCACAACGUGAUGCGCAACACCAGAGGGCGCUGCAGGCAUGAGCCGCACGUGACAGAGCUCAGCUGGGGGAAAGAGCUGGAGGAGCGAUUCCCGCGCGCGACCUGCCACUUCGAUUACAUCAUGGCCGCAGAUGUGGUGUACUCACACCCGUUCCUGCACGAGCUCAUGGAGACCUUCAUGCACCUGAGUUCAGAUGACACCAUCAUCUUAUGGGCCAUGAGGUUCCGUCUGGACCCAGAGAACGCUUUCGUGGACACUUUUGAGAAACACUUUCACCUGAACGAGCUCUACGACCUUCCCAGCCUGAGGAUAAAGCUGUACAGCGCACAAAAACGUAGACCAACACAAAAUUAACUAAAUGUAAACUAUAUAUAUACAUAUAUAUACAGUAUACAUUGAGUACACCCCUCACAUUUUUCUAAGUAUUUUAUUAUAUCUUUUCAUGUGAAAACACUGAAGAAAUUGA